AUGGUAAGUGCUUUUCUAUUCUUGUCUGGAAGUUUUGUGGAUUUCAAACAAAUGUCCCGUUUUGAGAAUAAUUUCACACCCGGUCCACCAAGAGCAAGACAACCUGCACCAACAGUUUUCUGCUAUAUUUGUGGACGGCAAUUCGGUUCUAAAAGUAUUGGUAAGCACUAAAAUUUCAAAUAUUUAAUUAAAAACUUCUGUUUCAGGAAUUCACGAACCUCAAUGUCUCAAAAAAUGGCAUGCUGAAAAUGAGAAACUUCCCAAAUCAAAACGACGUGCAGAACCCGUCAAACCAGACGCUGUUAUUGCUCAUGGUAAGUUUGUUAUUUUGAAUUGUUUAUAAUUGAUCCUUGUUUUUUUUUUCAGAUGGCAAAGUUGAUGUUGAAGCGACCAAUGAAGUUUUAUGGAAGAAUUCUCAAGGAUUGAUGGUGGAGUGUGAACAUUGUGGAAGAAAGUUCAAGGUAGUAUUUUUCUUGAAAAAAAGUUGAUGAGAAUGAUUGUUUUUUAGGAAGAUCGUCUUGAAGUUCAUCAACGAAGUUGUACUUCAGACAAUCCGGCAAAACGUGUAGGACGUGAUCGUUCAAAAAGUCAGAAACGCUAA